AAUUAAAUGUGAAAUGAAACGAACAUGAAUGAAGAAUUUAUAAUUGAUUAUGUGCUUGAAUUUAUGUCAUCUCCAAAUGAAUGAUGAAACUGAUUCGAUUAUAACAUUUUCAUCAUCAGUGAUCAUAGUUUGUCGUUGUGCAUUAGAGAAUAAUGUGAUAAUCACCAAGAAUAAUGAAUGCAACAUCAUCAUCAUUAUUGUGAUUGUGAUUGUUAUAUGGCCAAGAAUUUGGAUAAACUUUCCAUUUGAAAUUAUGAUCAAUUCAGAUUCAUUACAAACUGAUCGUAGCAAUAAUAAUGAAUCAACACUAUCACAACCGUCUUGUGAAUCCUCAUCAUUCGAUACAUCCACGACAUUAUCAUCAAAUGAAACUUGUUGUUGUAGUUGUAAUAACAAUUAUGAUGACGAUGACAAUACACUCAGCACUACGAUAACCUCAACAACAACAGCGAAUCAAUGUUAUUGUUGUGUAACUGAAUCUUCAGAAUCAUCAGCAUCAACAUUGACAUUAACGUCACCGGAGUCACCAAGUUGUCAACUAACAGGUGGUGGUGGUGGUGGUGGUUAUUGCAGUAGUAAUAAUGAUGAUGAUGAUGAGAAUCGAAUCGAUAUCAAAGUCAAAUCAUUUCCGAUCGAUAACGAUGAUGAUGAAAAAGGCAAACAAGAUGAGACAACAUUGAUUUUUAUUGUCGAUCCAAAAUCAAAUUGUCACUCACAAUCACAACAUAAAUGUCUACGUAGAACGACCAAAACGACUACCACAACGACAACAACGAUUGAAUUGGAUGAAAUUAUCGCCAAAGAAACAAACUCAGGAAAAUUGAUGACCAAUGAUGAUGAUAAAUAUGAUUCCUAUCUUGAAUUGCAUAGAUGGAAAAAGAUAUCAUCAUUAAUGGAGAUGGACAAAUUGACCAAACAUUAUGAUGCUGGUGGCGAUGGAAACAAAGAUGGCCAACAACAAUUAAGAAGGCCAUUCAAACGACGUGUUGAGUUCAUUAUGGAUCAUCAUCAUAGCCAUUAUCGUCAUCAUCACCAUCAUCAUCAACAGCAGCAGCAUAACCAACAUUCGAUUGACAAUGAUUCACGUGAACAACUUGAUUCAGAUUCGGUCGUUGUUGCCGUUGGAAAUGAUAAUGAUAGUGUUGACGAUAACGAUAACGAUAAUCAAUCCGAUUCGGAAGAUUCGAAAAAAAUGCCAGAAACCGAAAUGGAAAAUUGUAUCGAUCUUAAUGCUGAUGAUGAUGGUGAUUCGAUGGAAUCAAAUGAAACAACUGAUACAAAAGCCCAGAUACGCAGAGAAUCCGAUUUACUUAGUUUUUUACGCUCAUCGACCAAUUCUGGUCACCAAAUUCAUCGUUCAUCGGCGUAUAACGCAUUUCGUGCCUCAAAACGAUCACAAAUGCAUCGUGUUAGCUUAUUAGGACGGCCAAUACAUUGUCGUCAACAUCGUCAUAUUACGAAUCCACGUUAUAAACAAUUACAGAAUGAUCUACAUAAUUUUCUUGAACGUCCACGUGGUUGCUCACCAAUGUUCUACCAUAUAACAAUGUUUUUUAUGGUGUUUGCUUGCCUGGUUCUUACCGUAUUCUCAACGAUCGACCAAUAUGAAGAGGUGGCAUCACGUAUUCUACUCAAGAUGGAAAUCGUUAUGGUAGUUUGGUUCGCCAUGGAAUUUAUGCUUCGUAUGUGGUCGGCUGGAUGUCGUUCUCGUUAUCAAGGAUGGAUGGGUCGGCUUCGAUUUUUACGCAGUCCAUUCUGUGUUAUAGAUUUGAUUGUGAUAGUAGCAUCAACAGUAGUACUUUCAUUGGGCAGUUCGGGUCAAGUGUUCGCUGCCUCAGCAUUACGAGGCCUUCGUUUUUUUCAAAUUUUACGUAUGGUCCGUAUGGAUCGUCGUGGUGGCACUUGGAAACUAUUAGGAUCUGUAGUAUAUGCUCAUCGACAAGAAUUAAUUACCACCGUUUACAUUGGUUUUUUGGGCCUAAUUUUCUCAUCAUUUUUAGUAUAUCUUUCGGAGAAAGGUGUUCAUCCGGAAAAAUUCACCAAUUAUGCAGAUGCCUUAUGGUGGGGUGUGAUAACAUUAAGCACAGUUGGCUAUGGUGAUCUCGUUCCACAAACAUGGCCAGGAAAAUUGGUUGCCUCGUUUUGUGCAUUGUUGGGCAUUUCGUUUUUUGCCCUACCUGCUGGUAUUCUGGGAUCAGGUUUCGCGCUAAAAGUACAGCAACAACAACGACAAAAACACAUGAUUCGACGACGAGUUCCGGCAGCUACAUUAAUACAAUGCCUUUGGAGAUGUUAUGCAGCGGAUGAGAAUUCAAUGUCUAUUGCAACAUGGAAAGUUCAUCAAGUUCCAUUGCCCAGUCCGUCUGUCAGUUUCAAGCACAACACAUCAUUUGUUAGCCGUUUCUCCACAAUUCGUCGUUCACAUAAAUCGGCAACACAUUCACCACUAACACGGUCUGGUGGCCGUUAUGGUGGAGGAAACAAUGGUGGCGGUAGCACUGGCUGUCAGGCUCCCGUUGCAACUGGAUCAACAUUCGAAACAUCUACCGGUAAUGUUCGCGAGGAUUCAUUGGUCAGUACCACAAUUGGCGGUGGACGUGAUUCUCGUAUACCCGGGAGUGUGAGCGAAGAUAGUGUUUUAGCCAAAGAACUUUCGGAAUUUUCCAAACGAAAUUCUGAUGAGAACAUUGGUAAAACAAUGGUUCACACAAUUGGACAGAAUGAUGAUGAUGAUGAUGAUGAUAAUUCACAACAACACCGUUCAGCCACCACAAUGCCGCCAUUCAUUCACUUAUGUCAAAUGUUACAAAAAGAAUAUCAGCAUCCACCGUUUCUAACACUGACACCGACAUUUCUCGGGAGUCAUGAUCAAAAUUUUCCGCCAUUUCCAACAACAACAACAACAACAUCAGCAGCCGCAACACAAGCACAUUGUCAACCGGCAUUAUUCCAUGCGGCAGGACAUCAACAUCAUCAUUGUUCAGGUCGUGGUGAUCAACAACAAAACAAUAAUGAGAAUGAGAAUAAUCAAAGUGCACAGAUGAUGAGUAGUUUCAUCUGUUCUGGUACAUUUUUUCCAUUCACAAUGCCAAACACUCAACGACGACAUCAACAUGGUUUCGGUAGUCAUCGUCAUAAUAAUAGCAGCUGUGCAAGUUCAGAUGAUGGUGGCACAAUGUUUGAUGAUGAUAUUGAAGAACAUCAGCCUCGAUUCACAAUCCUGACCAAACAGCACAAAAAUGCCAUUCGUUGUCUUCGUAAGAUUAAAUAUUUUGUCGCACGACGAAAAUUCAAAGAAGCGCUAAAACCAUAUGAUGUUAAAGAUGUGAUUGAACAAUACUCAGCUGGUCAUGUUGAUCUAUUGGCCCGUGUUAAAAAUAUUCAAACCAGACUCGAUUUAAUAUUGGGCAAAGUUGGUUCCAAAGCCAAAGAUGUUUAUGAGUCCAAAGUUAGUCUUGCAUCACGUAUUGUCAAAGUUGAACGUACAGUGGAAGAUAUCGAAACCAAAUUGGAAAAUCUGCUCGAAAUGUAUUUGGAAGAUCGAAAAAUGCGUAAACAACAACAACAGCAACAACAACACCCACCACCACCACCACCUCCAUCUCAACCAUAUCGUUCUUGUAUUGAUAAUGAUCAAUCACAAUUAAAUCAGCAGCAACAACAAUCAUUAUCACACCAUCCACAUUAUCAUCACCAUCAUUCUCCCACGAUACAAUAUCACCAGCAAAUGUCUUCAAAACAAUCGCCACAACAACAACAAUCAACAUCAUCGAUCAUCAUUUGUCAACAACAACAACAACAACAACAACGAAAUUUGAGCUCAAAUAUUCCGAAUUCUUCCUCAUUAAUUUUUACUACUUCAAAUGAUGAUGAUAUUGUUGCUGGUAGUAAUAUGGCUAUAAUUACUGGUGAUAUUCAAGCCAACAAUUCAAGCCAAUCAUUAAAAUCGAUAACCUCAACUGCCACGACCAUAAUGAAAUCAUCAAAUGGUCAUCAUCAUCCAUAUCAUCACCACCAUUAUCACCAUCCCCAUCAUCAUUCACAAUCACAAAUACAUCCGUCCUCGAAUUCGGGCAUCAAUAACAAUAAACAUCAACAAUCAAUAACGUGUUCAAUGUGUGCGGAAUCACCAACAGUAACAACAGUAACAACGACUAUAUCGAAUACGAUAACAAAUGCAUCAUCAUUGUUUUCAUCAUUAUAUACACCGGACCCUGAAUUGACAUUAACAACACCGACAAUGACAGUCGCUACAGCAUUUGGUGGCCAACCAAAAUGUAUAAAAUGUGCGAUGGAAAAGGAAUGUGAAUUGUGUUCAAUAAGACAAUUUAUCGAUGAUCAACAACAAGAUCCAUCGAUAGCCGACGACUAUUCCUCAUCAUCAACGGCCGAUGUGUCAUCAUCGAACAAAUCAGCAGCAACAACAACAACGUCAACGACGAUUGCAACACGUAAUUUAAACAAGAUGACAAUGGUGGAACGACAUUCAAUCAAUCCACAUCGUCGUGUUGAUUCAGUACCAAGUUCUCAUCGUUAUUCUAAACGCAAAGUAACCAUAAGACAUUCAUUGGAUAUUGUGCUACCCACAUCGACGCCAACAACAUCAUCUGGUUCAUCGAUAUUCGUGCGUCGCAAUGGUAAUGAUGAUGAUUUAAGACGAAUUUGUUGGUCAACUAAUCAACAAUUGACAGCAGCAGCAGCAGCAACAACAACAACAACGACACAACGUUACGGUAGUGUAACAUUAUUAGCAUCGGCAACAGGAUCUACACCGGCCAUACGGCUUGAAACCGAAGAUGAUUAUCUCGACAAUACGGAACUACUGCAACAUUCAAAUUCGGACCAAAGAUUAUCAUCACGUUAUGAUAGGAAAAGCUGAUCUCAAUGAAUUCACUCACUCACUAUAUAAUAUAUGCAUUCACAUUUGUUGAUGAUAACUUGUUAGCACAACUCACUCGGGUUUUUUCGUUUGUUUUAUUCUGGACUUUACACACCCACUCAAUUAUGAAAAUUGAAGAAAUUUUUUUCGAGCCAAAUAAUUGAUUAUACUUGAUGGUCUCAAAAAUUUCAAUACUCUUUGUACACCUAUUGUGUCUUCCCGUUUCGUUUUUUUUGUUUUGUUUUUGUUGCUGUUAAAUGUUGGCUUGGAUUUUCUUGGCUUUUUUCCUAUUACUUUACUUUGCUUUCGAUCAUCAUUAUUGUUUAUUGUUAAUUUAUUUAUGGAAUUUUUCAAUUUUAAUUGUACAUCAUCAUCAUAAUCAUAUAUGAUUGUUGAAUUGAGAUUUUGUGUGUCUGUGAGUGUGUGCUGCACAUUUGUACAUGAACAUUGAACUAUUGAUUCAUUUUAAUUUAUUUGUGAAAUCAAAGUGCAUUAAUUGAAACUCAUCACACAAACACACACAGACAUUGAGUCAUUUGUGUUUAUAUGAAAAUUUUCAAGUUUAAAAUGUAUGAAAAACGGCGUGAAUUUUUCUAAUCUAAAUAUUAAAAAAGAGAAGAUGAAAAGAGAGAAAA